AUGGUGAGAAGAGUUCAUAAAGAGGUUAAAAGGCCUACUUCCACUGCUUCUACCAGCAAGAAUAAAAAAUUCGAAGAAGUUUUAAAAACUUUCAAGAGAAAAAAAUCCGUGGUCGAUGAAUCGGAGUCGGAAACCGAAUCAAGAAUCCUUGCCGAUAUUUUUGAAUAUGACGAAAGUAGUGCACACGAGAGUGAGGAUGCUAAGGAUAGCGAAGGUAAAAGCGAGGGGGAAAGCGAAGAAGAAAGUGAAAGUGAUAGCGGGGACAGUGAAGAAAGUGAAAGUGAUAGCGGGGACAGUGAGGAUAGGAGAGAUAGCGGAGACGGGGAGGAGGAUCCCCUAUCCUUGCCAAUUUGUGCGAGAGAUAUCUCCGUUGAAUCGUACAGCCUAACAACCUAG